AUGGACAUAUUUUCUCAAGGUCGUGUAGGAAGUGCUGGCAGGAAUUCUCCAAUCGAUUCAGAAAACUCAUUGUAUACAAUCCGGUCGAAAGACUAUACAACUUCAUGUCAACCCUCAGCCAUGCUAAGCAUAACACCAAGAAAUAUGAAAUUGUUGUGUACAAAUAAUGAUAUCAUGUCAAGUCUAGAAUCUUUGGAUGAUACAUACUUCAUUACGAAGUUAAAUCAUUUGAUAAAUGCUCCACUGUUACAGACUUCAAAUGACAUAAAUCUUGAGGAUAAUAAUAUCCCCCAUGGAGCUUAUUACUAUGCUACAAUGUUGGAAGCUGAUCAUGAAAAUGAUAUAUUUACAGUGUCAUUUUGUUAUUAUGAAAAUACCGAAAAGAAAUCCUCAGAGGACCUUUAUCAGAUUAAUUCUGAGUUCAGAGUUUGUGUGAAAGAUGAACUGAACAAGGCUGCUGCGCUUUCAAGAAAGGAAUCAUUUGUGAUCACUCACCAGUGUACUGAACAAGAGGAUUAUGGUGAUGAAAAUGAAAUAUGUGAGCUCUCUGUCCAUGAUGAGGGGACGAAAUGGAUGAAGGAAAUUUCUUCUUAUUUGCACCAAGUCUCACUUGAAUCCAUUGCUUCUCAUAAUAAAACACGGGAGUUAAACGUUGUAAAGCCAACUGGGCCUGAACUUCUUGAAUUCUCUUCACAUGAAAAUAACUCAGAGUCAGCGAAAAAAACCAGUGGAUCGAGUAAAUUACCAUUAGUCAAUACCUCAAAUAUUCGAAAGCAACUCAACGAUUUACAAGUGCAUCCAUUAUUAAUGAGUUGGUUUAUAUGUGGUUACCAAACUGGGUUCUAUGAAGUAUAUAACAUGCAUUCGUAG